AUGCAUGAAACAAUAAAAUUCCUUAUUGUAACUUUGGCUUUGGUUGCUGCCGCUAUGGCUGAUGUCUCCGAAUUGUCUUCGGGUUAUGAUUAUCAUGCCCCAGCUCCAUCGGCUCCAGUUAACACCUACAUUCCACCUGUGGCUGCUUCUGCCCCCGAACCUGUUAAGACUUAUAUUCCACCCGUAGCUGCUCCUGCCCCUGAACCUGUCAAAACUUAUAUUCCCCCUAUAGCUGCUUCUGCCCCUGAACCCGUCAACACCUACAUUCCUCCCGUAGCUGCUUCGGAACCCGUUAACACUUACAUUCCUCCCGUUGCUGCUUCAGCUCCUGAACCAACUGUUGAAUUGGCCCAAGAUGGUUACCGUUACAAGACCCAACGUCAUCGCGUCUAUCGUAAACGUGCUUAAAUUUAUGUUGUAAAUAUUGA